AGCGGGCGUUGUCAGAAGCAUUCUCUAUCUAGGACGGAGGUCAGUCGCAUAUCACCUAUGCGCAGCUUGCGCCUUCCAGUGACCGAUCCGCGUUGGAGCCGGGUCUGUCUUAUGGCAUGCACUGACAAGUCUGAGCGCUGGGCGCUGAGCACUCUGCCCGCUCCCAGGCGGACUUCGAAAACACUGGCAAGACCAACACAAGACUGAACUUCGUCCUAUAUUCAACGUUACAACUCCUGUGACCGCACUUUUUAUCAAGUUUUAAAGGGUAGGAGCCCACAAUUAUCAUGAUGGACGCAUCGCAGAGUCAGCAAAGUGCCGUAUCAGCGUUUUCGACUGCUAUGAUUGCGCGCAGCUCUUCACUGUUCUUACAUUCAGGCCCAAAGCCUCGCGCUCCAGCCACUGACCUCCCUACCGAGCUUCUUUUGAGGAUCUUCCGUCUCGUAUACGUGGAGAACAGAGCCAUGCAACUAGAAUCAUCCCAUUCUAACCGCUUGUGCGAAGACUGGACGCACGAAGAACCGCUCUCCCCUACUUUGUUUCCAUUUGCUGUCGCUGCAGUUUGUUCUCGCUGGUGUGAUGUCACGGCAAUUGUGCCCGAGUUUUGGACUCGGAUGACGGUUACGGUAGACAAAAAUCCUACCGAUAUCUCUGCAAUCCGAGCGUGUUUGCGGUGGUCUUGUUCGCUUCCGCUGGACAUCAUGGUGGCGCGCAACAUUAUUGACCAUGACACCCCUGAUGAGGUCGAGUGUCAGCGCGCCCAGAACAUCCGAGCGUUGCUACGACCUCACUGGGGCCGCAUCCGUCGUCUACACAUCUCGGUGUUGCACAGCGAUACACUUCCUUUCUUGUUCACCGAUCUUGACGGGCCUGCCAACUUAUUGCAGAGCCUCAAGCUGGCGAGCGCCAUCGACGAUGGAGAUUCCAAGCGAAAACAGCCUUCUCAUAGACCCCUAGUUGCGCCUGUAUUAGACACGCUGGACGUCAGCGGUCGCUGCUUCCAGGAUGGCUUACUACAAAAACCGGUUCAAAUCGCUUGUAUGAUAAGAAUCACAUCUGUAUCCAUCUCCCGUUACCGUCCUUUCAGCGCAGGCGCACAGGGGCUCUCGUUGUGGCAGACGCUCCGAACCCUUAGCGAGCUCCCCAUGCUCGACGACCUCAGUCUCUGUGACGUUCACUUUGAUAUAUACUCGGGCGUUGUGACCGGGCCUGCGUUUUCGCUCGGCCGUUUACACACUCUCGCAUUGGAGAAACUGGACAACAGUGAUGUUCUCAAACUUGUUUUUGCAGUCCUCAGAGCAGCCCACCUCUCGUCCACAAUAAUCACAGACUGUAAAGUCAACACCCUCACUCGCAUCUGCUACACCGACUACCUUACGUUCGAGAACAUGGACGCAUCCAAAAACUUCGUCAACGUGCUCCGUCAUUGGUCUGGGAGCAGUCUCACCCUUGACAAUUGUGCUUGCGUUGACGACGCAUAUUUCGACGCCAUGACUGGGCCUUUCGAGAGCAACUCGGAGGAGGAGCAUUAUAUGGCGCCCAGGAUGACGAAGUUGCGAGUGAAGAAUUGCAAUCGCUUCACUACUCACGCAUUGAGGGGAUUGAUCCAAGCGCGGGUACGUGCUGCGAGCGCCCCGCAAUGGGGUUUCUUGAAUCCGCUGGCAACCGACUCCGACGAAGAAGAUAUGCUCACGAUGAACACGAAAGCGAUAAACUGGCUGGAUGUCAGAGGUCGUGGGCCUGUGAUCACGGAGGUAGAUGCAGCGUGGUUGUCGGGGCGCGUCGGUAUGUUUAGCUGGGAUGCUUUGCAAUCAGAUGGGAAGAGGUAUGUGGUGGAGUAUUAAUCGAAGAAGGUGGUGGUCAAGUAGCAUUU